AUGCAGCCGGCGGCUCUCCCGCCGCCCAGGCACGGAGCACAUCACAGCCAGCGCUGCCCUGCCCUGCGCUGCCUGCAGCCAUCCGCCCAAGCCCUGCGGAUGGAGAUUCCCUUCCUUGCCCCGGGAGAGAGGCGGCUGUCCGGGAAGGUGGAGCAAAGCAGCGCUGUCACACGCGUGCCAGCAGCGACGGGGGACCGAGAGCCCGGGACCUCCCGUGCCGGGGGUACCGCGGAGCGCAGCGGGCACAGCGGCUCCUCCGGCCGCGUUCCGCCUCUCCCGCACCGGGGCUCGACUGCCCCGCACCGGGGCUCAUCCCGGCGAGUCUCGAUAGUCCCGCACCGGAGCUCAUCCCGCCGGGUCUCGAUAGCCCCGCACAGGGAUUCACCCGGCGGGUCUCGGCUUUCCGCACCGGGUCUCGGCUCUCCCACUCUCCGGAGCUCCAACCUGAGCGAGCGAGCUCCGCCGAUAAGGGAGGUCCCGAAGCACAGAUCGCCUUUUGUGUGCGAGCAGCGCGGCGGGCCCGCCCGGCCGGGGGCGAAGCCCGGCCCCGCCGCCGCUCCACGGGAGCUCCCCCCGCCCGGGGCUCCUCCGCCGGGGCCGCGCUCCCCCGGCCCGGCCCGGCCCUGCCCGCCCCGCGUCCCCCGCCCCGCGCCGGGCGGGCCCGUCCCUCCGCGGCCUCCCCCGGUGCGGCGGCGGGGCCGGCGGGGGCCGUUCGGGGCGGAGCGGGGCGCGCAGCCGGGCCCGGGCGGGCCCCGCGGGCCGCACUUACCGCGGGCGCCGCGGGUUCCAUUCGCUGCGGGCAGGAAGCGCGGGCGGGGGCGCCGCUACCAGCGCCGGCAGGAGACAAACCGCGUCCCGCCGCGCCUGCGCCGCCACCCGCGGGCCGCUCCGCGCCUGCGCCAGCCCCGCGCCUGCGCGCUCCGCGGAGCUGGCCCUGUCGCGAUAGGAGCGGGCUCGGCGACAGCGCGGAUAAAUGAUAUUUAUUGUAGCACCGAGCAAAGGGCAGUCUCUGUCCGCGCACGGAGCGGGGCUGUCGCUACCCUUCAAUACACGGGGUGA